CAGCAUGUCAACUAAAGAACAAGACUAUUAUGAGAUUUUAGGAGUAGGCAAAACAGCUUCUGAUGAAGAAAUUAAAAAGGCUUAUAGAAAACUAGCCAUCAAGUGGCAUCCAGUAUGUUUUUUUAAUCAUAAUUUUAGGAUAAAAACCCUAAUAAUAAAGAAGAGGCCUAAGAGAAGUUUAAGAAAAUUGGGGAAGCCUACUCUGUAUUAUCAGAUAAAGAUAAACGAGCUAUUUAUGAUAGCUAUGGUCACGACGGGUAUGAUAAUAUAAUUUUAUAUUUUUAGUUUAAAAAAUGGUGGCGGUGCCGGUUCAUUUAAAGGAUUUCAUGGAUUUGGUGGUUUUGGAGAUGGAUUCGACCCCUUCAAGUAAUUUGAGAGUUUCUUUUAAAACUUUGGAAUGGAUGAUGAUGAUUUUGGAUUUUUCUUUGGAAGAAAAGGCAACAAAAAGAACAGCAACAAUUCUCAAAGAAACCCAUUUGGUUUUGGUGGAUUUGGAGGUUUUGGUGAUGAUGACUUUAUGGGCAUGGGAGGAGGUUCAUUUUCAUCGUUUUCAUCUUCAAACUUCGGAGGUGGAUUAGGAGGAUCAACUUCAAUCUCUACUUCAACAACAAUUCAGUAUGAAUUAAUAUUUAAUGACUUAGAAAUGGUCGUAAAGUCACUGUUACAAGAAAGACAACAACAAAGGCAGACGGAACCACAGAAGUAGUUGAAACAAUAGAUAAUGGAGGAAGAAAAGAAGAGAAAAGAUACUAAUUAGAAAAUGGAUAAAGAACUGAUGGAUCAAGAUCAAUUAAACAUUGA